GCAGAGGGCGGGGACUCUGGAGAUUCUCCGGCGGAGGCGCCUGCAGGCCCCAGCGUUCGGCACUGACAUGCCCGGGCCGCUCCUUGGGGACGCUCGGAUGGUUCGGGUGGCUUGGAGAGGCCGUGAGCGCCUAUCAGGGGAGGUGGUCGAACAGCGGCAACCUUGACCAGCGUCGCUGAGAGGCGGAGGGCGUUUGUUCGAGUACCACAGCUCAUUACAGAUUCAGCCACAUGAGACAGAGUCUCACUUUACUGCCCUUGGUAGAGUGCCGUGGCGUCACAGGGCUCACAGCAACCUCCAACUCCUGGGCUUAAGCGAUUCUCUUGCCUCAGCCUCCUGAGUAGCUGGGACUACAGGUGCCCGCCACAACGCUGGGCUAUUUUUUUGUUGCAGUUUGGCCGGGGCUGGGUUUGAACCCGCCACCCUCAGCAUAUGGGGCCGGCACCCUGCUCACUGAGCCACAGGGACCGCCGAUUAUUUAACUCUUUACUAGACUGCUGCAUGAAGGGAGAGUCCUUGCAUGUUCAUUGCUGCGUCCUCUUAAUGCCUGGCCUGUGGCAGCCACUCCUUAAGUAUUUGUGGAGUGAUUUACACAUGUCACACACAUGUGCUGAAAGAACCAGGCUUUAGGGACCUCCUUCACUGAAGAGCCAUGACUGCUUCAGCCCAGCCCUGCAUGUCUUCUGUAAUGUCUGGGGUUGUCUGUAAAGAAACAAGGAACUUGGGCGGUGCCUGUGGCUCAGUUGGUGUCUCAGCCAGGACGUGUGGAUGCCCACCAACUGAGCCUCAUGACAUCCCUGGGAUGCUGGUGUAUUUCCUUGCAGGAGGUGGUGACGUUUGGCGAUGUGGCCGUGCACUUCUCUCGGGAGGAGUGGCAGUGUCUGGACCCUGGCCAGAGGGCCCUCUACAGGGAGGUGAUGCUGGAGAACCACAGCAGCGUGGCAGGACUAGCAGGAUUCCUGGUGUUCAAGCCUGAGCUGAUCUCCCGGCUGGAGCAGGGACAGGAGCCGUGGGUCCUUGACCUGCAGGGAGUGGAGGGGACAGAGGGACCAAGGACCUUUCGGACAGAAGAGGCUCACUUGGGGAUAGCCCUCGGCUCUCUGCAGGACAGACUGGGAGAUUUUCCUGACUCUCUGGAAGCUGGAGACUUCCCACCAGGGAUGAGGGAAUAUACAGUUAGGACUGACGGUGAACAGGCCCAUGAGGACAUGGACAUUCUAAAAUCAGAAUCCCCUGGGAUGAUGAUCAGAAUCCCCACACAGAAUUUUCCUCAUAGUCCUGGCUUUGGAGAUGUUUCUAAUUCUGAGUUCUGGUCAGAGAGUCAUCCAGGCAGUCCUGGGCUCACAGUGAUGGGCUCUGUCUUCCAGAAAAAACCUUUGAAUCAGCAGAACAUGGCCCACAAGACUCUCACGAAAGACAGUGUCCAGGGAUGUAAAGGGCUGGUGGUCAGUGGCCUGAAUUAUCAGCCUGAAAAAAGUCAGGGGGAGAACACAGAAGGGGCUUCCCAGAGAUGUGAGGUUUGUGGCAAAGGGCUCCAGGUCACUUCAGAUGGAACUGUGCACUGGGGAGUUGGCACACAGAAGAGACCCCACAGGUGCCAGAGACAACUAUCUGACCACUUGGAGCCAAGUCACUGCUGUGGGGAAAAGCCAUUUAAGUGUGUGGAGUGUGGGAAAGUCUUCAGACUAUGCUCACAACUUAAUCAACAUCAGAGAAUCCACACUGGAGAGAAGCCAUUUAAAUGCAUUGAGUGUGGAAAAGCUUUCCGCCUGAGCUCAAAGCUCAUUCAGCAUCAGAGAAUCCAUACUGGAGAGAAACCGUACAGAUGUGAGGAGUGUGGGAAGUCCUUUGGUCAGAGCUCAAGCCUCAUCCACCAUCAGAGGAUCCACACAGGGGAGAGGCCUUAUGGUUGUCUUGAGUGUGGGAAAGCCUUCAGUCAGCAAUCACAGCUGAUCAGACACCAGAGAACUCACACUGGAGAGAGGCCGUACUCAUGCACAGAGUGUGGGAAGGCUUUCAGCCAGAGCUCAACUCUAGCUCAGCAUCAGAGGAUGCACAAUGGGGAGAAAUCUCAAAUCCCAAGAGCCUCAGGUAGCUCAAGUCUUGUUGCACAUCCAAGAAUUCAUGCUGUAGAGAAGCCCUUUAAGUGUGAUGAGUGUGGGAAAGCUUUUAGGUGGAUCUCUCGGCUUAGUCAGCAUCAGCUGACUCAUACUGGAGAGAAGCCUUAUAAAUGCAACAAGUGUACAAAAGCCUUUGGGUGUAGCUCACGCCUUAUUCGCCAUCAGAGAACUCACACUGGAGAGAAACCAUUUAAAUGUGAUGAGUGUGGAAAAGGUUUUGUCCAGGGUUCACACCUUAUUCAGCAUCAGCGAAUACACACUGGAGAGAAACCCUACAUGUGUAACGACUGUGGAAAAGCCUUCAGCCAGAGCUCCAGCCUUAUUUACCAUCAGAGAAUUCAUAAGGGAGAGAAACCCUAUGAAUGCCUCCAGUGUGGAAAAGCCUUCAGCAUGAGCACACAGCUUACAAUACACCAAAGGGUGCAUACCGGAGAGAGACCUUAUAAAUGUAGCGAAUGUGGGAAAGCCUUCAGCCAAAACUCCACCCUUUUCCAGCACCAGAUAAUUCAUGCAGGGGUGAAGCCCUAUGAGUGUAGUGAAUGUGGAAAGGCCUUCAGUCGAAGCUCAUAUCUUAUUGAACACCAGCGUAUACACACUAGAGCCCAGUGGUAUUAUGAAUAUGGGAAUACUCUGGAAGGUUCCACUUUUGUGAGCCGGAAGAAAGUUCAUACUAUAAAGAAACUGCAUCAAUGUGAUGACUGUGAGAAAAUAUUUAGGUGGCGCUCACAUCUGAUCAUACAUCAGAGAAUUCACACUGGAGAGAAGCCUUAUAAAUGUAAUGACUGUGGCAAAGCUUUCAAUCGGAGCUCAAGGCUUACUCAGCAUCAAAAAACCCACAUGGGAUAGGCCAUUUACUUAUAUAAAUGUGAAUAAAUCUGUAGCCUUAAUUUA